AUGGAUCAACCUCAACGCGCUAACGCGGCGCAACUGGCUGCGAGAAAUAUCAAAGCAAAGCCAAAGAGCAGAGCAAAUAGGCCAGGGUUUUCUUCGCAGCCUGGUUCCGCAAAUGCUGUUCCACAGUUUGCCCCGAUGCCUCAGCAGGGAACGAAUAGUUUCAACUCUGGAGGUAGCAGUAGAGGAUUGUUUGGAGGGGCAGUUCAAGCACCGUCGACGUUCAAUUUCUCUACAAACAAUGGCCCAUCAUUAUCAUUUCCUCCUACGAACUUUGGAUCGAGCAACACAUUCGGAGGGAACCAAAGUCCCGCUCCCGAGUCAGAAAGAGUGGAGGAUUCACGGAAUCCCAAAAGACAAUUUCAAGGUGCUUCACAAUCCGGUCAACAGAAUGCUACGUUCCAAACCCCGAAUAUCUUUGGACAGCAGAAUGGCUCAGCGAAUCCGUUCGCGCCCGCAGCUCCUGCGAGUAAUGGGUUUUCGUUUGGCAACUCGCAGCCGUCUGUCAACCAAAGCUUUCCUCCUACUGCGACACCAGGUCAGAGCGCGAGCAAUCCCUUCAACUUUGCUCCUGCGGCGGCUCCAGCUCCAAAGAGCCCAUUCACUUUCGCUCCCGCUUCAACGCAGUCCCCAGCUCAAGCACCCUCGUCGCUCUUCAACUUUGGAAAUACAAAUACGACGCCAGCGAAACCUGCAGACGCUCCAUUUUCGUUUGGCCAAACAAAUACAACUUCGGCGGCCAGCGUGGGCUCUACCCCAACUACAAGUGCUCCCGCUUCUAGUGGCUGGAACUUCAACUCGACAACUGCUCCUGGACCUGCGAGCUCAGGAAUCAACUUCAAUUCGACGCCAACCACAAGUGCUCCUGCGAGCUCCGGCUUUAGUUUUAAUCCUACACCAGCAGCAGCCGCGCCUGCGAGUCCAGCGAUUAACUUUGGCUCUAAACCAACUGCAAGUGCACCAGCGGCUUCAGCACCUUUCAGUUUUGGUUCAACUGCUACGACGUCUGCACCAACUAAUAAUCUUUUUGGCAAGACACCUUCGCAACCUGGCUCUCCAUCUACGAAUCUGUUUGGAGCGACAACGCAAUCUCAAUCCCCAAAUCCAUUCGCCCAUUUGAACCAACCCACGCCCUCUCCGACUGAACCUUUGAGCAAGGGAGAGCAGAGUAAUGCGAAGCCCGAGACAAGUUACUUUGGCAGCCAGACGCAGAAGCCAGCGGCAAGUCCUUUUCAAUUUGGAAGCCAAGAACAGAAACCCGCUACACCAACGACCAAUGCCUUUACUGGCCAACAAUCAACACCUGCGCCGGUUACAACCAAUCUUUUUGGUGGUCAACAACCUGCUCCUUCGCAAGCACCAGCCACCAACUUCUUUGGCAGCCUUGGUCAGACACCUGUCAAGCCUACCAAUGACCUGUUCAGUAAUUCAUCAGCGACUCCCGCAAACACAGCUGAUAGUUCAUCUGGCAAUGAAGAGAACACCGCCCCAAAGACCGAUUUGUUCGGUACUCAAGGGCAGAAUACACCAAAACCUGCCAGUAGUCUUUUCCAAAAUACGGAGAAAACACCAGCAAAGGCUUCGAGUAGUCCGUUCUCAUUUGGACAGACACCAGCGAAGAAUGUUGAUAAUGUUAAUGUAUUCAACACAACGCCUCAAGCUCCACCCAAGCCAAAUCCCUUUGCGAACCUGAACAAGCCAGCUUCGGCUCUCACAGCAUCGAAUGGAGCUUCAGAAUCCGCGAGCAAGCCAGCCACAAAUGGAAUGUUUGGUAAUGCUUCGACGAAGGCUACUGGCUCUAGCUCGAGCAACCUCUUUGGCAAUACGACGUCGCCAGCAGCACCUGCUAGUGAGCCCUUGAGCACUCUUAACCAACCGCUCAAUCAACCAGCUCCGCAAGCGAGCACGACUUUGAGUAAUGGAGCCGGAAACAACACCAAACCAGUCACAAAUGUGUUCUCCAUGAAUAAAGCGCAGCCACCUCCUAGUCAAAGCACUAGUUCACCGCAGCAACCUGCGCCAGCCCAAGCAGCGCCGUUGUUAAAAUCAACAUAUUCUGCACACGUUCCCCACACUCCAGCUGUCUCUUCUCGGCUUAGAGAAGUUCAAAGUGCAGAAGGCGACAACAUAGACAAAGACGUCGAUGCGCCGGAGGAACCACUGCACCCAGAGUCAUUCGUCCAGUCAUUGGGUCAAAAUGGGCUGAAGAAUAUUGAUGGCGAUCCACAAAAAUAUCCCGAGCAAUUUCCUGGGAUGGAAUAUGCAAGCAGAUAUCCGAUCGAGAAGAUGGACCCCUUGAUUCCGGAUCAUUUCACAACGGACCAGAAACUUGAGUUCUACUAUGCUUACCGAAUGCGUGCACUCAACAAGGCUUUGCAGAGAUAUUUCAAUAGUAUCGGACUCACCGACAACAUAUUCCCAGCAAUUGCAUACUAUAAUUCCUUGAGAGAAGUGAUUCUGCAAAGAACCGCCCCAGAUCUCAAGCUGCAGUCCAUUGCUCAAUCAGAAACCUCCAAAGCGAAGAGCCGGGCCAAGCCAGCCAGUCCUGUCAAGGAACGCAAUCAGCCUGCUGUUUCCAAACCCUCGGAUGCUUCGAAAAAUACUCGUUCUUCACAACCUUCUCUGAAUGGCAAUACGCCCUCGUUACCACCACCACAGUCAUCAUUCUUCAAAUCCGCGCCUUCACUGCCACCGCCUCAAUCAUCGCCUGCAAAGGCCUCUCCAUCUCCCGCCCCUUCGCAACCUCCACAGCCAUCACUUCCUAAGUUCAACCCAACUCCUUCCUCUCAGAGUUUGGCUCCUAGCCCAUCUGCCUCAAAGGGUAAGCGGAAGGGCGAAGACUUCACCAAAGAUGAUUUCGAAGCUAGCGAAGCAUCCAGUCCCUUGAAGAGAGCGAAGAUGCAAAGCUCGACUGGCUCUAACACUUCCAAUCUGUUCAAGAAUGCUCUCAAUAGUCCUGCUAAGCCACUCCCAGCGCAAGGAGCUCUGGAAAAGGCUGCGGCUGCCACCCCAGAAAAGCCAAAGGUCAAUCCAUUCGCAAAGCUUCCCGGAACAUCUUCACCUGCAAAGCCAGGUCCCCCGCCUGCUUUCUCAUUUGGUGCCGCCUCAACAACUCCAAAAGCAUCACCGGCAAAGGCAGCUGCUGCACCAUCUUUUUCCUUUGGGACGGAAUCGACUACUCCAAAAGCGUCACCCGCAAAGCCAAUGUUUAGUGGGUUUCCUACUCCUGCUGCAGCCGCUCCAGCUUCGGCACCGAAGGCUGCUACUGGUGGCUCAAGUAACUUUCUUGCCCAGUUUGGCGCAAAGGCCAAGGAUGACGAAGCUGCAAACGAGAAGAAGCUUAUGCAAAGAGCAAUGGAUGAAGACUAUGAUUCAGAUGAUGAUAAGGAAGAGUGGAUAGCCAACUACAAGAAAAAGAGAGCAGAGGAGCUGAACGCUUUGAAGGCAAUCAAAGACAAGCCUACUUCAGCCAUUCCCUCUGUUAGCGGUAGCGUCAACUUCCUUUCCCAGUUUGGCGCUAAAGCCAAGGAUGACGAAGCUGCAAACGAAAAGAAGCUCAUGCAGAGGGCAAUGGACGAAGACUAUGAUUCAGAUGAUGACAAGGAGGAAUGGAUAGCUAAUUACAAGAAGAAGAGAGCAGAGGAACUGAAAGCCUUGGAGGAGGCUAAGAAGACUGCAACUGGUUUUAGUUUGAAGCCAAAAAGUGGUUCUUCUGAAUCGAAGCCUGCUGGUGGCUUUGUUUUCAAACCAUCUUCAGAUACUUCGUCGGAAAAAUCCAAAUCUUCCGGGUUUGUGUUCAAGCCGACCGAGUCUUCAUCUUCUCAAGCUGCGAAGGAGACGUCAACAAAAUCUUCUCCAUUCCCCUCCGUGGCUCAGCCAAAGCCCUUACUUGGCCAGUCCGCCACAGCAAAAUCUUCGGGUUCGAGCGUGUUUGAGAGUUUGAAUAGCACCAGAGCCCCAACGCCCACUUUCUCCUUCGGUGCUCCAGUUCCUGAUACUCAAACAACUGCGCCAGUAUUCGAGGGCUUGUUUGGUCAUCUAUCCAAGCAAAACAGUGAAGAAGGAAGCAACAAGGAGAAUAGUGAUGAAGACGAUGAUGGGCACGAAAGUGAUUCGGAAAACAAGGAUCCCAACUAUGAUCCGAAGAAGGAUAAGAAUCCCGACAGUCCCAGCACACCAGUGGAGGAGACUGGUGCGGGUAUUGCUUCUACCAAGAAAGCGACGAAUCCAUUCUCAUUCGGUAGUUCAACACCAACACCGGCUGCCAAAACUGGUUCGCUUUUUGGUACACCGUCUAAUUCUGGCACCACUACACCAAAGCCCAGUCUAUUUGAUAGGAUCACGCGUGAUAGCAAUGGUCAGCCUGUUAAGGAUACUUCUGAAGAGAAGGAAAAUACUAAGCCUGCUCCAACAAACUUAUUUGGAUCACUCAACAAGGCUCCUGGAUCACCUGCCGAUCAAACGUGGAAGCCAGACACCCCAAUCAAGUUUGGAGGCAAUGGUGCCAGUACGGACGAAAACAGUUCCCUUAAACCAGCCAAUCCUUUUGGCAGUUUGUUUGGCACAGCUCCCGCUGUGACCGUUCAAGCUGCCACACCUACCAAGCCAGCCGCUCCAUUUGGCAAUUUGUUCGGCACAUCCAAGCCAGCCACUGCUAAUGGGUCAGGUACCAGCACUCCAUCGUUGUUUGCAGGAUUAAAUGCUCCCAAGCCUGGUGCUUCCACUGUUGGCUUUGGCUUUGGGGCUGCAAGUGGAUCAUCGUCACUUUUCCCUUCGGCAGCAGCUUCAACAACCACUUCUCGCGCCACUACACCAGGUGGAACUACCGAUGGUGAUAGUGCUGCGGAAAACGCCGACCCUGAUGCAGAAAAGCAUGCUCAACUAGAUCUAUCUGAACAAGCUCCUGGUGAAGAGGAUGAGAAGAGACUUUUUGAGAUUCGUGCGAAAGCAUCGAAAUAUGAUAAUAAUGCUUGGUCGACAAAGGGUACUGGGCUUUUGAGAGUUCUCAAACACAAUGAUACCAACAAUACCAGAAUUCUCAUUCGGACUGAUAUUGGUAACAUUGUUCUAAACAAAUCAUUACUGUCUGGCGUGGAUUAUGUGGCUACUCAAAAGACGGUCAAGCUUAUGACCGCGAGUGAAGAUGGAAAGGGGCUGGAGACCUGGAUUCUGCAGGUGAAGACUGCUGAUUCGGCUACGAAACUUGCGGAGACACUUGAGGCCAAUAAGGCGGAUUCUUGA